AUGACAAACUCUUCGGGCCUCAGGGGCGACAAGCUCUGGCAUGUCUACCGCUACCCGCAGAGACCUAAUACGCUCAUGGUUCUCGGUAGCAUCCUCACGAAGCCAGAUGACCUAGAGUCCUCGCUGAACCACGCAAGCGGCAUCGAGGCGUUUCCGCCGGAGAGGAUUGAGGAUCAGACCGGGGCGGUCCGCCUCUUCAUGCGAUCCGAACUUUCCAAGACACACGGGGGAAGAAUUAAGGCUCUGCUACCAUUCUCUCCCAUUGUCAGCGCCGGUGGUGGAGUGGGUGCGACUUCAUCACGAAGUGUGGAUGCCACCGUCGAGGCCUCUGGCGUCCGAGCAGUGGCCGUCUUGCCACAGACCGCCCAUGAAUACCUGGAAAGAGCUCUGCAAACCCCAAGGGUCGUCGACUAUGUUCGGAAGGGGUUGUUUUCAGACCCCCUGUACAUGAUUGUCGGGGUCGCAUCGUGCAAAGGGCUAUACGUAGGCGAUGCUUCCAGCAAGGCCAGGUCAGCAUCUGUUGAUCUUGAUGCGAGUCUCACUGUUGGAGGCGUGGAAGCCGGGAUGGGUGCCUCCAGAGAGAAGGGUUCUUCGGCAGACACGGAGCGUGAGGUGGUAGAGGAAUGUGAUUUCGCAUAUCGAGUAAGGGAGUUCCAGUACUCUCGGCGGAAGAAGCGAAUCAACAAGUCGGCAAAUGUGACCGAGGGGGCAAUGUUCGGGAACGAUGACCCAGAGGAGGAUGGUCCAUUUGAAGCAGUACCUGUGUUCGAAUAUUUUGAAAGUGAGGAUGAAGACGUUGAUUUUACAUGA